AUGGAGAAGAUCGACCAUGCUCUGAAUACCAUCAAGGCCAAUGGUAUUCAAAAUGUCCUGGCACUCAAGGGGGAUCCUCCUCAUGGUCAAGAUAAGUUUGUUCAAGUGGCUGGUGGAUUUGCAUGCGCCCUUGAUCUGGUGCAGCAUAUUCGAGCUAAGUAUGGAGAUUAUUUUGGUAUCACUGUUGCUGGGUAUCCAAAGGCUCAUCCUGAUAUGAUACAAGGAGAUGAAGGUGCUACAUUGGAAGCCUAUAACAGUGACCUUGCUUAUUUGAAGAGAAAGGUCGGCAAUUUGUGA